UUCCCACUACGCCGGACCGGCAGAUCUGCCGCGCCGGUAAAUCUGCCGGAAGGGCUAGUGGCUGUACAAUUUAUAUGAAGCUAUUCACAUUAUCCCGGGUCCGGCAUUUUUGCCGAGCCCGGCAUUUUUACCGAGCGUUUUGUCACUACGAAUUGCCGGCAGAACGACCGGGCCCGGAGUAAUGUGAACGAGUUUGUGCCGGUAUCUGUCCCCCGCUCGCCCCGCUCGUGCUCCCCUCGCCCCGCCCGUGUUCCACUCACGUCAUUCGGCUCGCAUUUUCUGGUAAAAGUAGACGUUUAGCAUGGAUAUUCAAGCAGAAACUUUAAUUACGCUUGUCCAAGAGAGACCUGUUCUGUGGGAUAAGACCGAAGACGUCUAUAAAGACAAAAACUUAAAGUUAGCAGCAUGGCGUGAAGUAUGUUUAAUACUGAAACCAAACUUCGAUGAACUGGAUGAAAAAGAAAGAAAACAGUACGGAAAACAGGUUUCAACUAAAUGGAAUAAUAUACGAGAUUCGUGGCUUAAGACAGUAAAGAAACAAAAAGAUGAGUCUAAAUCUGGAUCUUCGGCCAAAAAGACACGAAAUUAUUUAUAUCACGAGCAAUUAAUGUUUUUGAAAAAAGUCUCCGAACCUCGACCACCACAUGAGUCAGUUUCAAAAAAAGCAAGAACCGAGACUGAAGUAGGCAUGGAAUCAGAUUUUCGUUCACCUUUAAUUAAAGAUAAAAGAAAAAUUGAUAAUAAAGAGGUAAAUGACAGGAUGGUAAAGUUUUUGGACUCCAGAAUAAACCCAGAAAAGGAAAACCAUCAUCUGUCUUUCUUCAAAGGCAUUAUACCAAUCUUGAACACUUUAACUAUCGAAGAGACUUUAGAAUUUCAAGCUAGCGUCAUGACAAUGUUGCAAAAAAUUAAAAGUAGGAAUAAUGAGAGACCAAAUUACGGACAUUGGCGUGAUUCAUAUAAUCAGAUGACCGGACCAGAUCAGUAUUCUGGAUACUACACACAUAAUAGCGUCAAUCAACAGGCAACACCUACGCAAGAUCAACACCACCCUGGAUACUCUACGCAAUAUAAUAGUAGCAAUCAACAGGCAACAACAUCUAUACCAUCAACUUCAUCUCAGUCAUCGAAUCCGAUUCCAGCUUCGCCAUCAGCAUCUAGUAAUCAUUCCAUACAUUCCCAAGACUCAGAUUACUUAGAUUUUGAAGGGUUUUAAGUUUGAGUACAAAUAAAUACAUAAAUAAGUUA